CAAUGUCAGUGGCAGUGGAAACCACGGUGUCCAGGGUGUCUCUUCCUCUUCCGACCCACUUUUCCCACGCAGAGCAGUCCUUCUCCCUCAAAAAGCGGCAUGUCCCUUUCUCCUUGUCGUCUGCGUCCAACUCAUCCUACUCUUCCCCCGCCCGUCUUUCACAUUCUCUCCCCCCACUGCCACCAUCCAAGGGGUGUCCCCCUCUGAGCAGGAUGUUCCCCCAGCAUCAGUCCCCCUGGACACCCCUGUCCUGUUCCCUUAGUAAGUCCCCCCCUCCAAACUCUGUGUAUGACCCUAGCAAACGGCAGUCCUAUUUCAGUCAGUGCUUCACUAAUUUGGGCCUACUGGGAAGAGGUUCCUUUGGAGAGGUCUACAAGGUGCAAAGCAACAAGGAUGGUUGCCAGUAUGCGGUUAAGCGCUCCGCUCAUCGCUUCAGGGGUAACAGUGAGAGGAACCGGAGUGUGAGGGAAGCCAGGAACCACGAGCGCCUGUGUCCUCACCCUCACAUCCUGAAUUUCGUGGCAGCCUGGGAGGAGUGUGGCCGACUGUACAUCCAGACUGAGCUGUGUAGCACCAGCCUGCUGCUACACGCCGAGAGCCAGCCUCCCGGCCCAGAUGAGCCAGCAGCAUGGGCCUACCUGUGCGACCUCCUCUCAGCACUGCAACACUUGCACUCUCAUGGUUUCGUCCAUCUGGACCUCAAGCCUGCCAACGUUCUCAUCACUGACUCUGGUCGUCUCAAGCUCGCGGACUUUGGGCUUCUGCUGGAGCUCAAACAGAAGAGUACAGAGUCUGUGGAGGGGAAAGUGAGAGAGGAUGUUCAGGAGGGAGAUCCCAGAUACAUGGCCCCUGAGCUUUUACUGGGAGAAUAUGGACCUGCUGCUGAUGUUUUCAGUUUGGGUGUUUCUAUUCUGGAGCUUGCCUGUAAUAUUGAAGUUCCAAAUGGUGGAGAGGGCUGGCAACAGCUCAGACAAGGCUGCCUCCCCUCAGCGUUUACCAGUGGCCUGUCAACAGAGCUGCAGGCAGUACUGCAAAUGAUGCUGGCCCCAGAGCCCUCUGAGAGACCAACAGUCUCUGAGCUUCUUGCUCUCCCUGCUGUUAAGAAACACAGGUGGAAGAGGCGCAUCUAUCUUAUUGUCGCUGAGACUGUGCUGACACUGGCCUCCCUCUGCCAGUUGGUGGUGUGCUUUGGAUAUAGACUCCUGUCCUCCCUUCACUUGUCCUUUCUUCCUCGCUGGACCAAGCCAGUGCCCUGCACUCCUCCCAAGGACAGUUGGGACAGGGAUUUAACCCUGCCCCUUAGUGCCAUGCAUGCUGACUCAGGGAGCCCGGAGGAGGAUGCAGUGUUUCUGUUGGAUCCCACAGACCCAGAGCUUUCCCCCACCUUCUCACACAGGGUCAGAUCCAGACUGACUAUGGAAAGCACAUCCACUCCUCUGCCUGGUUCACCGACACACAAUCACCGAAGUCCCGCCCACACACCCACUCUCUCAAAUCUGGGUGACUGGUCCUCCUGUAACUUGGCUCACACCCCCUCCAGCAUCCACUCAAAUGGAACCUGCCACACACUGACCCCCAGCGUGAGCCCCAUACACGCAGAGCUUCACUCAGACAGCGUGAACGAAAAGUCCACACAGAGCCGACAUUCCUCAUCUGCCAGGUCCUCGCAGCGGCGCGGUCGCAGCAACUGGGUCACAGCGGAGGAGGCUUUACCCCGACCCAGCUUUGAACCAAAGAAUCUACUCAGCCUGUUUGACGAAACAACCUUAGAGGGACAGCCAUGAGUGGACUGCCAGUUUACCUUCAGGGACACGGUUUUUCACUUCAGGUGAAAAACAAACAAAUGUAUGAAUGUACCAAGUUCACUACUUAGCUUGUAUGAACUGCUUUUUUCCCUGCCAUUUUGUAACAGUCCUACAACAGCUUCUUUUAAAAUGUGUGUGAAAAAUUUGGAUUUAGGGAUAAGGAUUGAAAAUGUAGUCAGACUGUAAAGCACUUUUUAUGUUUGUGUAAAUGCAAUCUGUUGCUGAAAUGACAAGUCAUGGUUUACUGUUAAAUAAGUUAUCAUUAGCUUGGUGCACUCUGAGUCAUGUACCUCAAGAGAUACAAAAGAAAUUAAAAUGAGGAGGAAAGCAGA